AUGGCUGGCCCACCAUCAUACCCCGCCAAUGACGACUUCAGUUCCAGGCCACCUCCCCCAUCAACAUCAUCAAGGCCUAACGUCACUUCUACACCAAGCGCGAUGUCAGUCGCGGACUCUUCUGAUAACGACUUUGAGCCUACCCCUGUCCACAGCCCCGGAGGUCCACAAUAUGAAGAUUUGCCACCGUCCUACGAUGAAGCGCAAGACCAGGCCGUUCACGAUACGCGCAACGGCAUCGCGCCCGUAGACCCAAGUCAGAUUGAAGCCCACCGCAUUACGCUCAACGAAGGACCAAAUGAGCCCGAAGUAUGGGAGUACCGAGUAAGGGGAGAAGAACCAGAUCCUGCAAAUGAACAGGAGCAAGCACCAAACUAUGCGAAUCAUACAAGCGACAAGGCUACCAGUGUGCCUGUCCAGCAUGUUAGCACUAGCGAGAGUAUCUCAGUCGGACGCGUGCAUAGCGCAUCAGCUUCGUCGUCGAGUAAGAAGCCUGAUUUGGCCUCUACCAUGCUCACUCAAGCCUUGGAAUUCACGCGUCAAGAGCCAGAUGCUGCCGUGCAGUAUGCACCGCAUUUGAACCGCAUCAUUGCGGUACCUGAAGAAGGAGGACCGGGACGACCAGCCAACGAACCUGUAACGUUCUUGUGCGCAUACGCCGAAGUGCUAAGUCGGCAUUCCAUCAGGCCUGCUGAGUUUGCAGACUUCUUAUACGGUCUGCAAGUCCUGUGUACAACAUCAAACGCAACGGCUGAGGACUUGCUGCAAGCUGGACCAAUAUAUCAGGAUGUCUCUUCAAGUAUCGUACACGAUUACAUCCGAGGAGCGAACGAAGCUUUCUUUGCACCGAGAGGGCUGGUAGUGUCAUUUCGCAGUGAGACUGCGCUUCUUGAAGUACUGCCUAUUCCUGCAGGACAUAGGGCUACUGUUCUUGCUAACUUGGCCGAUAUAACUGGAACGGCUGAAUGGCGGGCGCAGCAGUUGUAUCCUUGGAUUGAAGCCCUGGAUGCUGAGAACGUUCCGGUGCCAAGUGAGAGAGUGCUUAAGUUGCAUGAGCUGAGUGAGCGUUUCUCUGGUCUGGCCGCUGCUGGUCAGGGAUCGUCUGGUAAUGGCGGCGAUACGUCGAGACGGAAUUGGGGCUCUGGGUCGGCUGAAGCGUAUGAAGAUCCACCGCAUUCUAUCCCUGGACCUCCAGAAGAUUCGCCACAUGCACAUGGUCCGGGUGCCCGCCAUCAUCAAGGUCGCGGACGAGGAGGCCACUGGUCGCCCUUCGGUAUGCCAGGUCAUGGCCCCUUCGGCGCUCCCAGAAACGGUCCUUUUGGCCCUACCGGUCGAGGACCAUUCGGUAGACGAGGCUUGCCUUCUCGCGGUUGCGGUCGCGGUUGCGGUCGCGGUCGCGACAAUGAGUGGCGUGGAAACGAGUGGGCAGAAGUAGGCAAAGAAUUGGGCAAGAUUGGUGAGCAAUUCGGGAAGCGCAUGGGUGAUUGGGGUGUCGAAUUUGGCAAGCGCGCCAAUGCGUUUGGUUUAGAUGUAGGCAAGAUGGCGAGUGGAAGUGCAAGUGCAAGUGGCGCUGCCUCAGGACAGCAGCACCAACAAACACAAAAGGAUGAUCUCCCACCUGCUUACCAUGCUCCGGCGGGUCAAGAGUCAGGUGUGCUAUAUGGAGAUGAAAAGAGCAAGGUCAACAACACUCCCGGAUACUCCAUCUCCAUGACUACAGACGACAAGGGCAAGAGUAAGGCUAAAGCCAACGACUUGGACAACGACUAUGACGACGACGAUGAUGAUGAUGAUGACGACACAUCGUCCCUCUCAUCCGACAGCUCAAUUUCCUCUGAUUCCGACUCGGAUUCCGACGACGAAGACUUGCCCUCCACCUCCACCAACGCGGAUCUAGCCCGCGCACGCAAGCUCUCCAUCCGCGAUGCCCGCCGCCAACUCAAACAACGCUCCCGCCAACUCAAAUCACAGCACCGUCAGAAGAAACGGGCAUUGAAAGCCAAGCACCACGCAGGAGAGAAAGGUAAGGGUAAAGGGAAAGAAAAGUCAAAGAUGAAGAAAGACCCAGAGUGGAAGGAAGCGAAGAAAGAGUAUAAAGCACAGAGGAAGGAGUUGAGGAAAGAGAGGAUGGCUGCGAAGAGGGAGUGGCGUGAGGCUAGGGAGGAGGCGAGGAGGGAGAUGAGGAGUGCUAGGAAGGAGGCGAGAAGAGGAGGAGGGAAGAUAGGAGGGAAUGUAGGGCAGGAAAAGGGAGAGAAGAAACAGGUGGUUUGGUUGGUCGUUGAGAACUUGGCUCCUUGA